AUGUCUUCCGCGAACGGUGACCAGCAGCCCGUGAAGCUGUCGCUGCCUCUGAGAUACCAACAAGAAGUCUUCCAAGAGCUCCGUCAGAAAGAUGAACUCGUAAUCAUCGCCCGCGGUCUCGGACUCCUUCGAUUAGUAACAAACCUCCUCCACUCCUACGAUGCGGCUGGGAACAAUCUCGUAUUGGUGGUUGGAGCAGACGAUCGCGAAAAUGGAUGGCUUGGGGAAGCUCUGGCAGAACAUGCUGCUAUCAGCCAGGCUCCAAGGGCCCGGGGGCUUAAUGUCGUUAAUACAGACCUGAUGAGUGUUGGGACAAGAGAGAAAAUGUAUGCCCAAGGAGGGAUAUUUAGCAUUACAUCGAGGAUUUUGGUGGUAGAUUUAUUAACCAGCCUCAUACAACCGGAGACUAUUACUGGACUUGUAGUCCUACAUUCGGACAGGAUUGUGGCUACAUCUUUGGAGGCUUUUAUACUUCGGAUAUACAGACAGAAGAACAAGGCUGGCUUCCUCAAGGCCUUCUCGGAUAAUCCAGAACCCUUCACUACAGGAUUUGCUCCGCUUUCUACCAUGAUGAGGAACUUAUUUCUCCGAAAUGUAUCUCUGUGGCCUCGGUUUCAAGUCGUCGUUGCCCAGUCACUGGAAGGAAAGAAAAAGGCAGAAGUCAUUGAGCUAGAAGUACCAAUGUCAGAAUCUAUGCGAGAUAUUCAAAACGCCAUUAUGGAGUGUGUUGAAGUUAGCAUUGGGGAACUCAAAAAGAGCAACUCUGGUAUGGAGAUGGAAGACUGGAAUGUUGAUAGUGCUCUUCAUAAGCAAUUCGACAUGGCUGUCAGGAGACAGCUUGACCCAGUUUGGCAUAGAGUAAGUUGGAAGACCAAGCAGAUUGUCAACGAUUUGACCGUUCUACGUGGGAUGCUCCAUACCCUGCUCACUUACGAUGCGGUCUCGUUUAAUCGACAUCUAGAUACGAUAUUGGCCGCCCAUUCUCCUCCUCCAGGGUCCACAAGACAAAACCAAUCACCAUGGCUCUUCCUAGAUGCUGCUCAUACAAUUUUCGCCACUUCAAAAGGAAGGGUAUACACUGGCAAGCCUCAAACUGGAUCAGAAACUAUUGAAUCUCUGCAACUAGUUCUUGAAGAGCAACCUAAGUGGGCAGUCCUAGCUGAGGUUCUAGAAGAGAUCGACCGAGACCUCUAUUUCAAUCCUACUGUGCGAGAUGAUUCCAAUGGAACAAUCCUGAUCAUGUGUACGGAUACGGGAGAGUGUCGACAGCUGAAAGAAUAUUUACAAAAUAUGCAUGUCCGACCAGAGACUGGUGAAGUCGAUGAUGAUGAUGAUGCGGAAAAGGACACCGAGCCUUCAGCGAAUUUUAUGAUGAGGAGAAAAUUGAGAGACUAUCUAAAGUGGAAGAAGGACUUUGCAAAAGUCAGUGCUACUUUGUUUGCUGAAAAUCAGAGCGUCUUGAACGGUUCCAAAAAUCAAAAAGGGACAAAUAGUUCCCGUGGAAAGGCGCCUGCGAAUAAACGGAGGAGAGUGAGGGGAGGUGGGAAUACCGGUUCGGGGCCAUCACGAGCUGCCAAUGGCAGUAUCCUAGCAGCAGAAGACAAGCCACUCGAAGUUGCCAAUCUGAUCUCCGAGAUUCAGGUAACAGAAGCAGAGGCUGGACAGAAAGAAGAGAUUACAGCGGAUCCAUUAGACGACAUGGAAGACUACUACCAGCUCUACGAUGGCCAAGAUCUUGUCGUAAUCCAUGCCUAUGAUGGGGACAUGGAUGAACACAUUCUAGAAGAAGUCAAACCAAAGUACAUAAUCAUGUACGAGCCAGAUACGUCUUUUGUCCGGCGUAUCGAAGUAUACCGGUCAUCACACAACGACCGGAAUGUCCGAGUCUACUUUCUCUACUAUGGCGGCUCAGUCGAAGAACAGCGGUACCUUUCUUCUGUCCGUCGAGAAAAGGAUGCAUUCACAAAACUCAUCAAAGAGAAGUCCUCCAUGGCUAUUACCUUGACAACUGAUGCACACGGAAUUGAAGACCCACAAGAAGCAUUCCUCCGAACAGUCAACACCAGAAUAGCAGGCGGUGGCCGCCUAGCAGCAACAGCCCAGCCUCCCCGCGUCGUAGUCGACGUCCGCGAAUUCCGCUCCUCCCUCCCCUCCCUCCUCCACGGCCGCUCCAUGGUAAUAGUCCCCUGCAUGCUCACGGUCGGCGACUACAUCCUCUCGCCCAGCAUCUGCAUUGAGCGCAAGUCGAUCAAAGACCUCAUCUCCUCGUUCAAAGACGGCCGGCUCUACAACCAAGCGGAAACCAUGCAGCUGCACUACAAAUCUCCCAUGCUGCUCAUCGAAUUCGACCAGAACAAAUCCUUCACCCUCGAACCCUUUGCCGACCUCUCCGGCUCCCUCUCCUCCAUGUCCUCUUCCAACGCCUCCUCAGACCUACAAUCUAAGCUCGUGCUCCUCACGCUCGCCUUCCCCCGCCUACGCAUCAUCUGGUCUUCCUCACCCUACCAAACCGCCGAGAUCUUUGAGAGCCUGAAAACUCAGCAGGCGGAACCGGAUCCCAUUGCUGCGGUGCGGGUGGGCCUCGAGGGCGGCCAGAGAGCCGAGGAUCAGACGUUUAGCAGGGAGCCACAGGAUAUGCUGCGUGUUGUGCCGGGGGUGACGGGGAAGAAUAUUAAGAAUCUUGUGGGGGGAGGUGGGCUGCUUGAAGGAUGUUGCUAA